ACAAAAAUUACGAGAACUUUUGAAGGCUUUUAGCCUUACUAAUUUUAAUUCUUUUUCUUAUUGCUCGAACGGUGUUCUGUUUUAGCCCUUUUCCGUAAGACAGCUUUGUAAUCAGAUUUUCACAAUGAAGCUCUCGUCCAUUUUAAGCGCCGUGCGGAACCAGUUUUUGUGGACGCCAAAACAUCCAGCUCCCGAACAGUUCUUCAGGAAGAAACCGCAUUUUCGUUUGGCGGCCUACAUGAAAGGUCGACGUAGGAAUUGUUGGACGCUUAUGAGGACACAGUUGGAAAAACAACUUCUUCUCGCAGCGUGGGGUCGACACAUGACGAGUCGAGAGAAGCGAUAUCUUCGCAUCACAAGGAUGGAAGGAGCUUUGACGCCUUUUGGUCUUCCCUACGAACAGUACAUGGAAAAUCUCGCUAAGAUGAAUAUCUUACUGAACCGGAAAAUCUUGGCCGAUUUUGGCAUUUGGGAGCCGCGGACAUUUCGAUCUUUGACUACGCUGGUCGGCCACAAGUGUGAUUUGGAAAAUAUCACUACUCCCGUUCAAAAAGCCGUGAGGCCAUAUCCAACGGAUUCGGUUUUAGUGCGUAGAUGUCUUGAAUUUUAAUACAGUGGGUUUUAUUUUGUUGUUCCUGUUUGUUUCAUGAAAUUCAAUUUCAUCGUUACUUUAUUAUAAUUAUGCUUUGUGUUCAAAACGGUUGACGACUGUUACUGUACUAGUGUUACGCAGCGCAUCAACUGCAAAGCACGGUAACUAAUUUAAUUGUACAGAUGUUUAAUACAAAUGCCAAAAAAGGAAAACCAGUACUGGAUAGAAAACAAAA